UACAAUUUGCUAUUGGCUCAUCUGCUUAAAGGAGGGGUUAACAGAGAUAACCCGGAAAAAGGAAGAAAAGCGUGACAGUUUCGACCGAGUCCGAUCGUGGACUUUCAGUCUUAUCAUGGCUGGAGCUGGAGGUGACAAGCCUUUCGCCAAGGCCAGCCCAAGCCCAUUAUCUCGGGUUUUGAGAAUCAGUCAACUGGAUGCUUUUGAACUGGAUGGUGCACUGGAACAGCUUGUUUGGUCACAGUUCACCCAAUGUUUCCAGCAUUUCAAGCCUGGGCUCUUAACCCCUGUUGAACCAGAACUCAAGGCCCUUCUCCAGCUCCUUCUGUGGAGGUUCACCGUCUAUUCUAACAGUGCCACCGUGGGCCAAUCACUGCUCAAUAUCCGGUACAAGAACGCUCUUAUCCCGGGACAUAAGUACCUGCCCAUGAGCCGGCCACAGAAGUUCUGGUUCGCUCUGCUGACGGUCGGCGAAAAGUGGCUAAGAGAACGUUCCCAUAGCUUGUUCCUCAACCACCCUGUAGAAUCCAAUGCACGGAAGGCUCGCAAGAUACUUAGGAUCUUGACUGCCCUUACCAAAGUGGCCAGCCUGGUCAACUUCCUACUGUUCCUCCAAAGAGGAACCUAUCCAACAAUUACCGAAAGGUUGCUGGGUGUGCAGCCUGUCUUCAGGGGACCCCAGGGACCACGAGACAUCAACUUCCAAUUCUUGAACCGGGAGCUGUUGUGGCAUGGCUUUGCCGAGUUCCUCAUCUUCCUGAUGCCUCUCAUAAACAUGUGGAAGCUGAAGGCCAGUGUCACUGCUCUGUUCUCCCCUCUGAAGGACCUGAGAGGAACGGAAGGUUCGGAUGAGACCCACUUGACUGAGUGUGCCAUCUGCGAGGAGUGGCCCACAAUGCCCCAUUCAGCCGGCUGCAAACACGUGUUCUGCUACUACUGCCUCAAGAGCCACAUGAUCGCUGACAUCUGCUUUACCUGCCCCAAAUGUGGUAUCCAGACUGGAAUGAUAGAGCCAGUCAGGCUUCAUGUAGGAACAGAGUUGCAUCAGAGUUGAGACUUUGCCUCAAACAACCUUCUGAUUGACUUGGGGUACACAUACUCCAGGGGAACUUGAGACCAAGUUGAACAUUUCAGUCUUUCACAGAAAUUGGUUGAUGAAAGCAUGUGCCCCCUUCUGAAACGAGAGCAUUUGUUGCCAUGAAAUAUGCAGAAUUUUGUACAAAGAGACAAAGUUAAUGAUGUAAAAUUCUAAAACAACAUCAUUUGUGUCGCUAAUUUAUUCAGCCUCAUUAAAGUUUGAUAGAAACUGUGUAUCAGAGGUCCACUUUUCUGCAUUCUUGGAUUGAGCGCUGAGCAAAUGAAUAAACAUCAAAACAAGCCUUUGCUCAACUGCCUGCACGAUCCAAUUCCCCUCAUCCCCUAUGAAGGGCGAGAUUUGCACAAGAUCAAGGAGAGGCCAUGAUAGCACCAGGGGGUAGUUGGGUUGGAUGCAGAUUGACAGACAUCCCAUCAUAAUCUCCAUGGCCCUUCUUAAUACACCAGUAAACCGUAACAAACCAUAGCAGGACCGAUGCAAGUUUCGGGCAUAUUAUGCUCUAAGCCUAAUAAUGACUGCAAAGAUGGGUAUUUAUUCUGCUGUUAACUCUCUCCAGUGAGCCAUGCCUCAGGCCAAACACAUCCAAAUGGACUCAGACCUGCUGGAAACUCACACUUCAGUUUUUUUGUUCCCCUAGACCACAUUGCUUUAAUUGCCCAUUGUGAAGGCAAUCAGUCACUUCUCUGGGCACGAGGGGUCUUAGUGGUUUGCAAGAUUUUGUCAUUUUUUUGUAAUCGUUGCUCUCAAGUUCACCAUGACAAAGAACUGAAAAUUGGAAACAUGGCAUACCGGUCUGCACUGAUUAGGGUUCAUUGACGUUAUUAAGUGUAGCUCUCACUAUAUGCAGAACUAUCCAAGUUUACUUGUGUACCAGGUUAACAAUGUUCAAAAGAUACACUGAAAAAAAAUAGCUCGUUGGUCUAAAUUAAUAAAAUUAUGAUGCACAUUUCCAUGCAUUUAAACUGAUUUAUUUGAACUUUAAGUUAAAUAUACUGACAUUCAUUCAUAUUAAAAUUCAUGCUAAUUUUAUGAGAUCACACCAAUUUCAUUUGACAUAUUCUGUGAAUGUUCCCUGAACAUAAUUCACUCUUGUUGAUCCAACCAGUGUUGUUGCUGUUCAGACUGGUGCUUUUGUGCAGAGUUGCGUAUGUUUUCAGCAUUUUUAUGAAAAUGGAAAGACCUGUUAGAAUUUAAGUUUUUAAUGUUUAGUUAUUUUGAACAUUUAAAAGAGUUCAAACAACAUAAAAGGGUGUUUCUUGUUUGUUUGUGUUUUUGAUUACCAUUGUGGUGAAGAAUACAGCUUGUGCUUAGGUUGUAAAUAGCUGUUAUACCCGCAUGUUAAUGUUUUAUGAUCGUUUUAUUGUGAAGGGUAGAAAUUGAUAAUAUAGACUGUGUAAAUCACAUGCUGGCCCUCAAACUGAUUUCCUUUAUUUAUUUUUUUGUUUAAUUCUCAUAUUUAUACGGAGCCACGCACAUGACAAUGCAAGAAAAAAUAAAUAAAUUGUGAGCACGAUUUAGUAAUUCGUUCCCUCAAUGUACUAAAAUGUGCACACGAUUACUAUUGCAUUCUCAUGACAUUAGCACAUUAGCCUAUAGGCUAACCACAAAGUCUAUACUUCACCAUAAUGGUAACCCCAAAAAUCAACAUAAACUCUUUAAAAUGCCAAAAAUAACUAAACAACAAUUUGUAUUAUGUAUUUCCCUUUACCAAAAACACGUUAAACAGCACUUCAUUUCAACAUGUAUUCUCCUGGUCUAUCCCUAUGCAAAGCAUGCUGGGAACUAGAAAUCCACUGCCUAAUUUUCAGUUUUAAUGCAACAUAAAUGAUUCAUGUAGGCCCAACUUAACUUCAAUGGUUUAAGUUAACAUUUUACAAUUGUUAUCUCAUUUAAGAGGUUAAUAUAAUUAAAUUGAGUGCAAAUGACAACUGAAUAAAAACCUAAAGAUUUA